AUGUUCGAGAAAUUUCUUCUUCUUUCCGUCGUUCUUUCAUCGAUUUCAUGCCAAAUUGUCUAUGAUACUAGUGAUGAUAAUGCCCAUGGUCUACGAAUAGCUGGAAAUGAUCAAUUUAUUAUCUUUGCCAUUAAUCUCAAUUCUGGCUUUUCUCUCGCUCAUUCUCCAUUUACACCAACUGAUCGAUGUUCAUAUUCGAAUACAAGUCGAGAUUUCUACGUGUAUAGUGUAGAUAUUGUAUACAGUUCGAAUAAUCAUACAGCUACAUUUGUACAAAUAGCUGAACAAACAUCAACACAANAGCUAAUACUAACUGAAGAAGAAUAG